AUGUCCAUGUCCAUGUCCACACUUUCUUCUUCAACCUUCCCAAACACUAAUCCCUCCCUCUCCUUAUCCUCCCAAAAACUCCCUCUCUUCCCCAAACCCCUUCCUCUUCGCUUAACCCACCCGCCUUCGUUCUCCCUCCGAACUCCACCGUUCCUCGCGCCGCUACUCUGCAAGUCUCCUGAGGUGGAAGCGGAGGCUCCGCCGCCGGAGGACGAGUGGCUGCAGAAGCUGCCGGAGAAGUCGAGGCCGCUCUACUCCCACAGCCUCCCUUGCAUUGAGGCCUGGCUCCGGAGCCUGGGCUUCUGCCAGAGCAAGGAGGACCGCGCCCUCUGGAUGGUUCACAAGCCCGAUUGGCACGCCCACCUCUCCCUCGAUGUCACCGAUCUCUACAUAAGGUAUUUGAAGAGUGGACCAGGGAAUCUUGAAAAAGAUGUGGAGAGGAGGUUUAGUUAUGCUUUAAGCCGAGAAGACAUUGAGAAUGCUGUACUUGGAGGACCAUAG